GGUGAGGAGGAUUGCUGCAGACUCCCGUUGGCCGGCUGCUUUUCAACUACCUGUAUCUUCCUUCACAGAAAGACCCAAAUUACCCGAUAAUUAUACUCAGGAUACCUGGCAAAAACUUAAUGAAGCGGUGGGAGCGAUACAAAGUAGCAUUUCUAUUAAAUACAACCUUGAAGAGCUCUACCAGGCUGUUGAAAAUCUCUGUUCUUACAGAGUCUCUGCUACACUGUACAAACAGCUGCGACAAGUCUGUGAAGAUCAUGUGAAAGCACAAAUCCUUCAAUUCAGAGAAGAUUCUCUGGAUAGUCUUUUAUUUUUAAAGAAGAUAAAUAAAUGCUGGCAAGAUCAUUGCAGACAAAUGAUCAUGAUCAGAAGCAUUUUCUUAUUUUUGGAUCGUACUUAUGUCCUUCAGAAUUCAAUGCUUCCUUCUAUAUGGGAUAUGGGGCUAGAGUUAUUUCGCAAUCACGUCAUUAGUGACAAGCAAGUUCAAAACAAGACUAUUGAUGGAAUCCUCCUGCUGAUUGAGCGAGAGCGGAAUGGGGAAGCUGUGGACAGGAGUUUGCUGCGGAGUUUGCUGAGCAUGCUGUCUGAUCUGCAGGUUUACAAGGAAUCAUUUGAACAGAGGUUUCUGGAAGAGACAAAUUGCUUAUAUGCCGCGGAAGGCCAAAGAUUAAUGCAAGAAAGAGAGGUCCCAGAAUACCUUCACCAUGUUAAUAAACGUUUGGAAGAAGAAGGUGACAGAGUAAUAACAUAUUUAGACCAUAGCACACAGAAACCACUCAUUGCUUGUGUGGAGAAACAGCUACUAGGAGAACAUUUAUCAGCUAUUUUGCAAAAAGGACUGGAUAACCUGCUUGAUGAAAAUAGAAUAUCAGAUUUGACCCAGACGUACCAGCUGUUUAGCCGGGUAAAAGGUGGGCAGCAGAUCCUUUUGCAACAUUGGAGUGAAUACAUCAAGAACUUUGGGACAACAAUAGUGGUUAAUCCUGAAAAGGACAAGGAUAUGGUGCAAGAGCUACUAGAUUUUAAGGAUAAAGUGGACCAUAUCAUAGAAGUGUGCUUUCAGAAAAAUGAAAAAUUUAUAAACUUGAUGAAGGAGUCCUUUGAAACAUUUAUCAACAAGAGACCAAAUAAGCCUGCAGAAUUGAUAGCAAAAUAUGUGGAUUCCAAGUUAAGAGCUGGUAAUAAAGAAGCAACAGAUGAAGAGCUGGAAAGAAUCCUUGACAAAAUUAUGAUCAUAUUUAGAUUCAUUCAUGGUAAAGAUGUGUUUGAGGCAUUUUAUAAGAAAGACUUGGCCAAAAGACUGCUGGUUGGAAAAAGUGCAUCAGUAGAUGCUGAGAAGUCCAUGUUGUCAAAGCUUAAACAUGAAUGUGGCGCUGCUUUUACCAGCAAACUGGAGGGCAUGUUCAAGGACAUGGAACUGUCAAAAGACGUCAUGGUUCAGUUUAAGCAGUAUAUGCAGAACCAAAGUGACCCAGGAAAUAUAGACCUGACAGUGAAUAUAUUAACUAUGGGGUAUUGGCCAACUUAUACCCCUAUGGAAGUCCACUUAAAUUCAGAGAUGAUAAAGCUUCAAGAGGUAUUUAAAACCUUUUACCUGGGAAAGCACAGUGGUCGAAAGCUUCAGUGGCAGACCACUUUAGGGCAUGCUGUCCUGAAAGCAGAAUUUAAGGAGAAAGAAUUUCAAGUGUCACUCUUUCAGACAUUAGUGUUGCUUAUGUUUAAUGAAGGAGACGAAUUCAGUUUUGAAGAAAUUAAAAUGGCCACUGGUGUAGAGGACAGUGAACUAAGGAGAACCCUGCAGUCUUUAGCUUGUGGAAAAGCACGAGUAUUGAUUAAAAAUCCAAAGGGCAAGGAUGUAGAAGAUGGAGAUAAAUUCAUCUUUAAUGGUGAUUUCAAGCAUAAAUUGUUUAGAAUAAAGAUCAACCAAAUCCAAAUGAAAGAAACAGUCGAGGAACAGGUCAGCACAACUGAAAGAGUAUUUCAAGACAGGCAGUAUCAGAUUGAUGCUGCUAUUGUACGAAUAAUGAAGAUGAGAAAGACUCUUGGUCAUAAUCUCCUUGUUUCGGAAUUGUAUAAUCAACUGAAAUUUCCUGUAAAGCCUGGAGACUUGAAAAAGAGGAUUGAAUCUCUCAUUGACAGAGACUAUAUGGAGAGAGACAAAGACAACCCCAAUCAGUACCACUAUGUUGCGUAA